AUGUGCACAGAUCGAAGGUUUUUGAGCUUCCUCUGCGGUGCUUCGUCGCUCCAGGCGACAAUUCUGAACGUGCAAGAGAAGAUUGAAAGUAUCUGCUCUGGAGGCAUCCAUUCGGGGCGAAACCUGAGUGGAACCUGUGAUCAUGCCAUUGCCAAGAGUCCAGGAGACUCAGUUUACCUUGGCACCGCAAUCGGCAACAUUCUUCAGUUUUCGUUCCCACAAGCUGUGAGCCGUGAGGAUCCAGCGCCAGCUGCAUCCUCGUUGCAGGGAGCCGUCUCGCUUGCUUCCAAGCGGCCUGUCGAGCAGGUUUGUGCCACGUCCCGGUUUGUGUUUGCCAUAUCGGAUGGGGUGCUCUACGUGCUGCCAAGAGACGUGCGGUCAGCUGCCCCGGUGGAGCUGUGCAGAGAUGUGAAGCACAUGUGUCUGCACACUGGCGUCGGCGAGGAAGCUGCAAGCUCGACAAGCUCCACAAGCCCUGCAGAGGUGUGUGUGGCCACGCGGAAGAAGUUGGUGCUUUUUGACCACACUGGUCGUGGUUUCGAUCAGAGACAGGAAUUCCCGACCAAUGAGGCGGCUCUUGCCCUGGCAUGGCACCAAUCCUUGAUUUGCGCUGGCUUCCGCAGAGAAUACAAACUCUACUCGGAAAGGACCGGCCUUGCGUGGGAGGACGUCUGCCCGUUGGACGGGAAGCACACACCACGCAUCGCCGUCUUGCCCGGAAACGAGCUUCUGCUGCUUAUUCAGGAGAAUGUGGGCCUGUUCUACAAUCUCAACACGAAGCAGCCAUCGCCCAAGAACAUGGUCACAUGGCCGAGGAAAGUCACGCACCUGGGCGCGUCUGCAAAUUAUGUGUUUGGCAGCUCUGGCCUGGGCCAACUGGACAUUUACGGCAUCCAAGAUCAAAAGAAUUGUCAGACUCUGACAUUGGAUGGCGUGACGGUGUCCGUUUGUCAAGCGUGUGAAGGGAGGGCCUUGAUCGCCGCUGAGACAUCAGUGACCUGUUUGACCCCCAUUCCGUUUGAAAAGCAGGUCAAGAAGCUCCUCUUGCAAGUCCGCAUCAAUGAUGCGAGGGAUCUCAUCACCGCGACAUUUGGUCCGGAGGAUCCAGAGAGACAACUGCAGCUGCGGCGCUUUCAAUCACUGGCAGGUUGGGCGCUGUUCAGGGAUCUUCAGUUCCUGCAGGCGUUCGAGCACUUCAUGUACUGUGUGGACUUCCGGGUCGACCAGGUGUUGAUGUUUUGGGGCCGCCACCUGCCAAAAGGAUGGGAGGCUCCUUCAAGACACGACGAUGAUGGCUCUCCGGAGCCCGUCGACAUCAUGGACUUUGUCCGCAGCAGACUUGGAGAGCGACAGCCGCCGGAGGUCGGUGAGUCCGCAGUGUCUGCCAACGUUGGUUUGGCAAACGCGGCUGCUGUGUCCUUUUUGCUGAAACAACGGGAAGCUAUUCUGGGACAGGAACGUCUUCCGCAAGAGCACAGAACACAGGGCGCCACAUCUCCUGCAUCAUUGCUGCGUGCGAUGGACACGCUGUUGUUGAAGUUGCUUCUGGAAACGGACGAGGACGAUGUUCGCUUGACCGAAGUCUUGGAGUGCGGUGUUAGAUGCAAGGUCGAGGAUUGUGAAGGCUUCCUGAGAGAGCGUGGCAGACUGGAUGUGCUUGCCCGUUUGUGGAAGGCGCAUUCGAUGUAUGACCUCGUUCUGCGCGAGUCAAGCGCCAUGUUGACUAGUGGGAGGAGGGACUCUCGUGCAGAUGCUGCCAUAAUCACGCAGAUGGUAGAGGCCCUGAGGAGUGCGCGGCGAGCGCCUAAUGGAGCUGAACUACUCCGUGAGUAUAUGCCACAGCUCCUGUCCAUAGAUGCUGAUGCGGUUCUUCCCGUUUUUGUGGCCACUGGCCGAGAGCGAGAGAUGCCGCUGGAAGCAGAUGAAGUCCUUGACAUCCUUGAAGGACACGACUCCCUGGUGCUGUCCUUCCUUGAGAACCUUGUCGAGAAGAAACAGGCUGAGCCGAGGCACUGUGCCAAGCUUGGCUUGGCAUACGUUGCAAAGGUCGAGGAGGAGCUCUCCUUGCCCGGGGCACACCGCAUGACGCAGACUCGAACCAAGCUUUUUAGGUUUUUGGAAGAGGCUGCCGGGGUCAACGCAGAGCUGUUACCAAAGUUGGCUGCCCUGCAGCUGCACGAGGAGCGGGUGAUCGUGUGCGGACGUGAAGGUCAACAUCGCGAAGCCCUGUGCAUUCUCGUGCUUGACCUGAAUGAUCUCUCGCGAGCGGAAGCUUACUGUCGCCUGGUCAUGGCAAGGGAGCUUCAGCGGCCGGGAGUGAAGGAGGAUGUUUCGGUCUUCAGCGCUGAUCUACCUCCUUGGGCCCGUGCAGUCGUGUUUGGGCCAAAGAAGCCCAACCCUGGUGACAAAGCCCUCGAUGGGUUCGAGGACCUGGCAUCACCAGCGAGAGAUCAUGCUGAAAGAGCACAAAGAGCACGGCCUCUGAUGCUCUUCCUGCAAAUCUUGCUGGAAGCCCAUGAGGCAGCUGCUGAAAAGCCUGAAGAGCACAAGAAAGCGGUGGCUACAGAGUAUCGGGAUGCAGUGCUCUCUUUGCUCAUGGGCUACGCUGCCCAUCGAGACUUGCCGCCUAAUGAGGUUCUGGGAUGCUUGCCGGCCCAUUGGCCCCUCGAGGGCAUCUCGGACUACCUCAGCAAGUGCGCCCGCAUCUGCUUGCAUAGGCAGCGGGCCAGCAUGCUGGAAGAGAACCUGAGUUCCAUGGCCUACCUGAAGACAUUCAGCGCCUGGGCGAAGGAACGCAUGAGAAAGGUGAACAUUACACUCGACAGGUGUUGUCCGGUGUGUAACAAGCGUUUCGUUGACAAGGACUCCGUCGGAAAAGCAUUCGUUGCUUACCCCAACGAGACCUGCGUGCAUUUUACCUGCAAGGAGCACCCUUCGAUAUGUCCAAAGACGGGCAAAAACUUUUCAGACAACUUGUCGGUGUACUGUCAUGCCCUCAGCGCCGGACAGGAUGAGCAAAGCUGA